CUGCCAAGGAGCCAGGUUCAACAACUAAUAUGCCUUGUUCUUUGGUGAUUAAGAAAGAAGAAGCCACUCGUAUUACUACAGUUGGUGGAGACUACACGGCAUUUCGACCCUGGAUCGAUAACGACUCAAAAUCACUUCAAGGUACUGUGUAUGUACCAGGCAAGUACCCUAUACAGAACAUGUACCAAAACAGCUUAAGUACCAACCAGAACGGAUUGCCAUUUGUAACGCCACCACCGCCAGUGUCCCAAGAUACCAACCGCUCAUUAUUUACAGAUAUUUACUUGACCAAAAAGAACGUUUACGGGGACCAAGCUGUAGCACCACCUCUCCCAUUUACGCUCGAUUACCAAUUUUGGUACCAAAAUCCUUUGAAUAAGCCAAAUAGUUAUCCAGAGAACUUAAAUUUCCUUGAGUGUAAUGGCAGUAUAGUUACGUCAUCAACACCGUCUCUACCACCAUCAUCAACCUCAUCACCAAUAUUGACUAUUAACCCCACAUCGUCAAUAUCUUCCGUUUCUUCUUCCGCUUCCUCAACAUCAACUUUAGCCUCUGUAUCUUCCAUUUCAUCAUCAUAUCCGAAUUCCCUAUCGACCUCAUCAGCUUUAGCGUCCUCUUCAUCAUCAUCAUCGUCGUUGUCGUCAUCGUCGUCGUCGUCGUCGUCGUUUUCGUCCAACUUGCUCUCGUCUAGUCAAGGGUCAUCAGCUAUCCCAGAAUUACGUAAUGUUCCGGAUGGCGGAAGUGAGCAUCUGAGCGACAACAGUUAUAACUAUGGCAACAGCAACAAUAUCAUCAACAACAACAACAACAACAGCAUCAGUAGUAUAAAUAGUAUUCAUGUAGAUAGACAGGCCAUCCAUUACGACAUCCUCAAUAAUAACCCAAACAAUAACAUUAAUAAUAACAACAAUAAUAUUAAUAAUAAUAAUAAUAAUAAAAGUUGUAGUAACAACAACAACAACAACAGCAACAACAAUAACAGUAAUACUAAUAAUAAUUGCCAUCUCCACAGUAGCAUGGCGGCGCCCGACUCCACUUCAUCGACGUUUGAAUGUAUCAACUGCAACAAACUAUUUGGCACACCUCAUGGACUCGAAGUGCAUGUACGGCGAUCUCAUACAGGUUCAAGACCAUAUGCGUGUGACGUGUGCCAGAAGACGUUCGGUCACGCUGUCAGUUUGAGCCAUCAUAGGUCAGUCCACACCCAGGAGCGAACGUUCGAGUGUCAGCAAUGCGGAAAAUCUUUUAAAAGGUCUUCAACGCUUUCCACACAUUUACUGAUACAUAGUGAUACUCGCCCAUAUCCGUGCCCUUAUUGUGGGAAAAGAUUCCAUCAGAAAUCUGAUAUGAAGAAACACACCUAUAUACACACAGGAGAGAAGCCACAUCGGUGUUUGCAGUGCGGUAAAGCUUUUAGUCAGUCAUCAAAUCUAAUCACACACAGUCGCAAACACACAGGAUUCAAACCGUUCGCCUGUGACAAAUGCGGUCGGGCUUUCCAGCGUAAAGUUGACCUACGACGACAUACAGAAACUCAACACCUGAACUCAAGUCUCACAAAGCAAGCGUCGCUGCUUCGUGUGGUCUCCGUACAGGAACAUGUGACGUCACUAUGACGCGUCUGUCAUGCGUUUCGUUGUUAAUUAUGCACUCGAGAACGUGGGCGCAAACUCACACACACACACACACACACAUGCACGCAUACACAUGCACAUACACAGACAUACACAUAGAAACGCACUUGUAUUUACGCACACGUGUUUGCAUGACUGUGUCUGUAUGAAUG